GUUGGUCUGGGAGAGGGUGAGGGGCGGGGGGCAUGGUGUUUACUGGGAGCAGUUGGUUCCCCGCGUGCCGCUGGUUGGCUUUCCGGGUGUAUCGUGAGCUUCGGGGUUUCUAUUGGCAGGUAUUGGGGUGCUUGUUGGUUGGUCUACAUGUCUUUUACAGGGAAAUUGCUUUUCUUCUUCUUCUUUCCUUCUUUAUUACUCCAUCGUCUUGUUGCUUUGUUUUCACAGUGAGUGGUAUUAUCGCUAUUCAGACGAUGUGACAUGUCAUGGAUGUAAAUGUAUUCCUCCAUACUACCCAUAUUCCGGUUGCAAUAAGCAACAUCUCAAAAUAACUUGAUACUCUACGAGUAGUAGAGCAGAGUCAAAUCUUUGACACAUCCAUCUCAUCACACGC